AUGAAGAUAACUAUCAACCAGGAAAGACUUCGGGAGAAUAAGAAUCCCUCCUCCUUACCAUGCUGCUUUGGUAAGAGAUAUGUCGGCUAUCCUAAUCUGACCAAAUUUUUAAAAUGUGACAGAGCUGUUUGCACUUUGCACAAUGUGAAGACACAGCACAAGGGCCGUCUACCAAGCAGAGCUGUGCCUUCCAGAUAUGCAACCUUCCAGGGCCAUGACCCAGCCUCCAGAACCAUCAUCUUCCUUGUUACCGCAGCAGGUUUGCAGUACAUGCUGACGUUCCUUGUGGGGAGCUGGAAAGGAAGUGUCAAGUGUAAUGACCACGAUGUUACAGAUGGGAACACUAAGACAAAUGGAAUAGAGACUUGCCAAGAUCACAGAAAACCCUCCAGCAAAACGCAGCAGCGAAAUGAUGCUCCUUCAGAAAUUCAGAAUCCCUUCCAGUCUCUUCUCAGCGAUAUGUCUCGAAUUUGCCUUACCUUUUGGCAUCACUUUAUCUACAAAUUAGCAUGUUUAGAACCAAAUCAUAAUCCAGCAGUAUCUGAGAAGAAGAGGCUAAGGUGCAACUUUCUUCCAUUGUCCGGAAUCCAGCUUUAUCUGACACCAGCCGCCUCCACUGUGCUGCUCAAGCUUGACCCCAACAAGGCCAAAGUCAUGUACCUGAGGUACAACUGUGGCAAAGUUGCGCUAUGUCCGCCUGACCCCCGGAUCGGUCCCCUGGGUCUGUCUCCAGAAAGCCUGGGUGACGACAUCGCCAAGGCCACUGGAGACUGGAAGGGCCUGAGGAUUAUGGUGAAGCUGACCGUUCAGAACAGACAGGCCCAGAUUGAGGAGGUGCCUUCUGCUUCUGCCCUGAUCAUCAUCGCCCUCAAGAAGCCACCAAGAGACAGACAGAAGCAGAAAAACACGAAGGGCACCGGAAACAUCACUUUUGAUGAGGCUGUAAAUAUUGCCCGACAGAUGUGGCACCGGUCUUUAGCCAGAAAACUUUCCGGAACCAUUAAAGAGAUCCUGCGGACCACCCAGUCUGUUGGCCGGCACCCGCACGACAUCAUAGACAACAUCAACACCGGUACUGUGGGGUGCCCAGCUAGCUAA